UGAAUGAAAUUGUCGAUUAAUUCAGCCCAUUGAGCGUAGCGUUGGUUUCUCAACGUGUUGAAAUCGAAAUAAUUUUCCCGGAAUUUUGCAAUUCUAGGGAUCAUGGAAACCAUUUUAGAACAACAGAGAAGGAUACAUGAGGAAAAGGAGAGAGUAGUUGAUGCAUUGGUGAAAGAAACUCUUCAUAAAAAGACAAAUAACCGUGAGCAGAUAAAUUCAGACUUUCGAGCAAAGCAACUACUUGAUCGCUUUGUAGAGGGGGCUAACACACUAAGGGAGCUAUAUGAAGACAGAGAUGGGUUACGUAAGGAGGAGAUCCAAGCAUUAUCAGGUCCUAAUGAGUUUGCUGAGUUCUAUACAAGGUUAAAGGUCAUCAAAGAUUUCCAUAGGAAACAUCCUAAUGAGGUUUCUGUGCCUAUGUCGAUUGAGUUUGACCAACUGAGAGAAGAGAGAGAGAACCCAGCAGAGGAGAAUCAAUCAUUGGUUCCAUUCAAAGAUGAGGAAGGAUAUGGGAAGUACAUGGAUCUUCAUGAAUGUUACGACAAGUAUAUCAAUCUCAAGGGCACAGAGAAAGUAGACUAUGUGACCUACCUUUCCAUUGCUGAUCGGCUCUUUGAAAUAUCAAAGGAUAAGAAGAAUGCAGAAUAUAGAAGGUACCUGGACCUAAUACUAAGUUAUCUGCAGGACUAUGCGUCAAGGGUCAAGCCAAUCCUGGACUUUGCAGAGGAACUAGAUAAGGUCAAGAAAGAGUUUGAUAUUCAAUGGGAAGCAGGGACUUUCCCUGGCUGGCCGAAAGAAGCAGCGAGUGCUAUGACCCAUGCUGGUGCUCAUCUUGACCUGUCUGCCUUCUCAUCACCAGAGGAGUUGGCCUCGCUUGGUCUUGAUCGUCUAAAGUCAGCCCUGAUGGCACUAGGACUGAAAUGUGGUGGGACCCUGGAACAACGAGCCCAGCGUCUCUUCACUACCAAGGGGGUCCAGCUUAAUGAACUAGACCAGGCCUUGUUUGCUAAGAGUAAACCAGGAAAAGGAACUAAAGCUGGCAAGAAGGAUGCCGAGAAACAGAAAGAUACAGCUUUCUUAGAAGCACAAGCGUAUUACUUCUUUGAACUUCUUGGGGAGCAACGGCAAGCAACGAGAGAGAAUGUUCAGAGGAAACAAGCACGGACUGGAACAGAACGAGAGGAUGAAGAUGAAGAACACUUCUCAGAUAGUGAUAGUGAUGAUGAAGAAGAAGUCAUCUAUAAUCCAAAGAACCUUCCACUCGGAUGGGAUGGAAAGCCUAUUCCAUAUUGGUUAUACAAACUCCAUGGGUUGAAUAUAUCAUACAGCUGUGAGAUUUGUGGAAACCAAACAUACAGAGGACCCAAGGCAUUUCAGAGACACUUUGCAGAAUGGCGUCAUGCCCAUGGUAUGAGAUGUCUUGGUAUUCCAAACACAGCUCACUUUGCCAAUGUCACUCACAUUGAAGAUGCCCUUGCAUUAUGGGAAAAACUGAAGAAUAACAAGGCGUCAGAGAGGUGGCUUCCCGAAGCAGAGGAGGAGUUUGAAGACACCAUAGGAAAUGUUGUGAACAAGAAAACCUUUGAAGAUCUUAAGAGACAGGGUUUACUUUGAAGCUUUGGAGACACCAUCUUGGAAAGAUUAGACUCUCCUCCUUGUUUCUUGAGUCAGAUUUGAUUAAGUGAAUUUCUCCAUUGGGCAAAAGAGGGUUUGGUUCAUUCGCCUCUUGGUCUACACCCAUUUGGUCUUCUUUCUCUUUGGUCUAAUCAGCUAUAGUCUAAUCCUAGUUCAUCUGAAAAUAGUUCUUCUGAAAAUAGUUCAUCUAGUAACCAUUUUGUCAAGUCUCUAGUUAGGCUAAACCCAAGUUAUCUAAUAUCCAUGUUGUCGAACACCACUUGGUUUAUAUGAUUACAUAAACUAUUAGUGAAUCCAUUUAACAAAGUGCAAAAUAGUCAUUUGAUGAUGAUGAAAUUAGACCAUCUGGGUGUUAGAUUAAAGAGAAUUAGACUAAAUGGGUAAUAGACCAAAUGUAGUGUAGACCAGACCAAAUGAUAGUGAAUGAGAUGGGUUUAGUCUAUGUGAUAUAAGACUAUCUGAGAAGUAGACUUACUGAAUAUAAACCAAAUCCAAAUCAGACAUGCAUUGUUCAGACCUGCUCUUUAUUUGAGUUGUGCUCAAAGUCAACUCCUGCAAUGAGCCACUUGUGUGCAGAAUUGUGUUACACACAAUAAGAAUAUAAUGAAAUGCAAGUCCUAAAUUUGCACUUCUGAUUAUUUUUUUAAGUCAAAGCUGCUUCUUUCCCUCACUGAUUCUCAAACUUAUGUGACCAAAAAGACAUGUAAAUUAGACACAAAUCCAACUAUCAAACCAAUCAGACAUCCACCAUUGGGACCUGCGCUUGAUUUUUUAGUUGCGUUCAAAAGCAACUCUUUUUGCAAUAGGCUACAGGGUCAGUUGUGUGCAGAAUUUGCUUUUCUGGUUAAGUGAAACUCAAGUGAUAAAUUUUGAACAAAGUCAAAGCUGGAAUCCUGCAAGCAUCUCACCCUCACUGAUCCUCAAACUUAAGUGACCAGAUAGAGUUGUGUUUAAACAUAAAGAAAUCAUGCCCAAGUCCCUACUAUGUAGUCAAGUUGUGUUUUAUUCCAGUUCUUUGUAAGACAGGCUCUGGUUCUUGGAUGCCAAAUCAGAUUCUCAAUGAGUUUGAUUUCUAUCAAUCUAAAACAAGGGGUCUGUUUCACUUAGUACUACCAUUGAAACCUUGCUUGUUAUGAUUCAUGGCAAUCUUACUAUAGUUUUAUGAAACAGACCCAUUAUUAAUUCUUCCUGUUAACAAGCUUGUCAAUACAAAGUCUACAGUUUGUCAAAAUGUCAUUGGAGUUAAGAAAAAAAUUUUGAAGAAUUAAAACAUUAAAAUAGGAGGUGUCAUUAAGCACGAGAACAGGAGGGUGUUUCACAAAGAUUUAAGCAUGACUUACAGUCGCACUUAAAUUUAUAGUUGCGUGUGGUAUAACACGCAUCACCACAUUGUUCAGAUCAAGGUCAGAGGACAGGUACUACUGUGUCAUCAUCAAUGAGGUGACAUGUUAGAUACGGAGUGAGCAUGCAUAAAGUUGUGCAUGAUUAAGUCAUGCAUAACAUACAAACAGCUUUGUGAGACACCACCCAUGUCCCUGGGACUGGUACACAAAUAAUCAUAUCUGUGUUGCAUUUUGGUCAAGUGAUCAACCAGUAAGAUAAAUGCCCAAAUUUCACUGUAUUCAUGGUAGCUUGCACCUCAAUAUGUCAUUAAUCUGUUUGAUAUCACUAGGUAUCAUUGUAUUUAAAGUGUAUAUAUGUACAGUGAUUUGUGUAUAUAAUUUAUUAAUCACAUUCGUCAAGAUAGAAAAUAUGCUCAAAACAUUCAUGUGUAGUGCACAUUUUUGUCAGGAAUAUUCCUUCCCCUUUUUUGUCAAAUGUUCUUGAUGAUUAUGUUUUUCUUUGAAUUUGUCAUAUUGCUUUGAUGAUAUUGGUUAAUGUCUAUUUUGUAAACCCUUAGAAGAAGAUGAAAUUUGAUUACCAUUAUUGUGGGGUAAAUGGAUGAGUUUUCAUGGCAUCACAUAUGUGACCAAAUUUAGAUUCUCAUAAGUUAUAAAUUGUUGAAACUUUUUUUCAGUUUCUUACUGUUUGUCCAAAUUUGUUCGGACUUUCUCCAAUGUAUUAAUCUGAUUUUCAAUUCAAACAACUUUCCACUUGAGUUUGAUUCACUUCUUUGGAGAUAAAAUCAAGACCAGGGGCCCAUAACACAAAGCUUAGCAAUGAUUGUAGAACAUUUUUCUGCGAUUGAUUCCAGUGACUACAAUGUACAAUCAAUCUUAAAAAUCAAGCAUAUUAUCAAUCGCUAGCCUUUGUAUUACGGGACCCUGGUUGAGAUUUAUUGAUUAAUCAUAUUUGUUUCAAUGAUGGGCCUUGAUCAUGAUUUCCCUGAUUUUACAUGACAGGAUAUAUUUUCUUUCUUGUACAUUCAUUUUGUCCCUUUUUUUUACAUGUGAGUUGAAUGAUGGAUUAAUAAAGAAUUUUACACAGUA